AUGGAAAACCCCCGCCCUUCUCGUGUUGAGAAAUCUCGGCCGGCCAAGGCAUGCAAUACCUGCCGGCGGAAGAAAGUCAAAUGUGAUGGGAAACGGCCGGUUUGCUCAUCGUGCAUUAUUUUCAAGCUCCCAUGCGGGUUUGAGAAUAACGGGACACAAUCUAGGCGGACCAGUAGGGCAUACGUGGACGAACUAGAGCAACGCGUCAAAUGCAUGGAAGACCAAUUGCAGCGGCUUAGCCGAUGUGAAAAAUUGCCUCAACAAAGUGUCCCAGAUUUUCAGUCUCCUAGUCCAGCUACAGGCCUACUUAAAAACCUGGGCGUUGAUAAUUCUGAUCUUGGAGAUGAAGGAAAUCUCCUUGCGGAUGCUCGGUCACCAGAUGAUGAAGCUUUUCAGGCAGGCCGGGACACGUCCGAUCAGCCAUCAUACGUUCUUCGAGCGCAGGACGGCAGGAUGCGCUUCUUCGGAGCGUCUUCCGGAUUUGGUGUGCAAUUUUCUCAAGAAGCUAGCCGUCCGAUGGUAAAACAACCAAAGCUCGGCUGGGAGCAUACGGCCCGACGCAGUGCUGUUCAAUGGCCAUUGACGAACUGGAUUCCUCGAAUUCUCCAAGACAGUUUUGAAGAACGUACAACUCAACCCCUACCAUCAAAGGAAGCUACACUGAGUCUAGUGGCCGACUUCCUUGCUAACUUCAACCGCACUAUUCCGCUAGUCGAUGAUACAUCUCUCAUGCGUUUGGUGAAGAGGCAGUUUUCUUGGAAUCCAGACGAUAGCCCUUCAUCCUGGGUAUUGCUCAACGUUGUGAUGGCAUUCUCUUACAGAGAGAGAGCACAAACAUCCGCGGACGCAAGCGAUGAUUGGCAUAAAUCACUGGGUCACAUCAAAAACGCACUGAACGUGGUCGUAGACCUUUUCUUGCGAAAUGCAGAUCUCCCUGCUGUGCAAGGUCUACUGGGAUUGGCUCUUUACUUCCAAGGGACGCCUAACGCACAAGCCUUGUUUAUGCUCGCGGCAUCGGCAAUGCGGCUAUCGCACUCUAUUGGAUUACACAGGAACACCACCUCUGGCUUCACCAAAACCGAGAUUGAAGAACGACGGAGAACAUUCUGGAUAUCAUUUAUCAUGGAUGCUGAUAUCUCUUUACGGGUUGGACGCCCACCGGUACAGGAUAUGGAAGACUACAAUACACCACUGCCAGCAGAGGCACCCCACGAUGGUCGAGGUAUUAUUUUCAUCGACGGGACUCGGAUAAAUUUCUUUCGCACGCUGGCUCAAUUUGCAAUAGUGCAGAGGCGUACCUACCGGCAUCUUCAAACCGUGGCCGUUAUCCAACAACCCAAAGAGAUAGCCUUCAUGUCGGCUAAGGCAUGCGAAGAAGCCCUUUUACUAUGGAAAAGCUCUAUUCCCGAUAUCUUUCGACCGGAACAUUUAUUUGCUUCCGAGCCCAUUCACUCAAGGCAACAUAUCCUUCGAUUAAACCUUGCAUACCAUUGUUGCUAUGCAAAUCUUCGCCAACUAUCCUUGGCUACUUCCUACGCCAACAACACAUCCCAUGACCAACCAGAGGUUGACAAAGAGAUAACAGCGCUUUGCUUACGCUCUAUUGAUUCGGCACGCUCCGCACUUGCUAUGCUUCCAUAUGUUCGCUUGCUGGGAUCUAACCACAGAUGGAAUAUGCUUUAUUUCUUUGCCACGGCAUCUGUGGCAUUGUCAUCUGAAAUACGCAUCAAUCCUAACGAUCAAAGUUCCAACGAUGAUCUUACCAUGGUUCAUGAAGUGACAGCAUUCCUCACAGAUGUCUCAUGCGAAGAACCGGGCACAUUUGUCGACUUUAUUUUGGGCGUGUGUUCCGAUUUAGAAAUCUCUGCCCGACGCACUAUUCACCAAGCACGGAGCGAUGCAACUAAACCGGCAAUUGGUAUCCACGAAAAUGUCGAUCUUCCAGAUGUCGGCCUUUCCGAUCAACAACAGCCUGCUGGUCACUCAGAUAAUAGUCUUUUCAACAAUGAAGUUGACCUCACUCAUACUAAUCAAGAUUCUUUCAACGCGCAAUGGUCAAUUCCUCCAUUUUGGAAUUGGCAGGAUAUGUUUGUUGGCAUGCCCUCGUCUCCCGACAUGAACAGAGCGAGAACCAAUGAAUUUACUUGA